AUGAGAAGCACAGCUGAGACAGCCAGCAAACAAAGAGUAGAGAUGAAACAAGCUCUGUGUUUGCUGGGAAAGAUGCCAAAAGCUGUUUUCACCUUCUUGCGUCUUUUUGUGCUCUUACUCGGUUUUACCACUAUUUGCCUGGGAGUCCUUUGCACUUCCACAAAUUCCUCCACCUCCACAUGCAGAUGUGGAAAUAGCAAGCUGGUGUUUUACUGCCUGUUAGCUUUGGGGUUCUUUCUUCUUGUGACUGGCAUUUUCUGGAGCACUUUCCAUGAAGUCUUGAAAUACAGGGGUCAAAGCAGCAUCCUCAGGCAAAACCACAGGCAUGGAGAGCUACGUGUCAGCACCAUAGACAGGCCUGAAUUCUAUCCUCCCUCCUACGAAGACAGCAUCGAUCCUGAAAAACAGACUUUUCCACUGCCACUUGCCUUCACACUAAAAGAGCGAGAAGUCAUCCAUAUCCCUCCACUACCAUAUAGUGAAAGCAGCACAGAGUUCAUCAGUGAAACUUAUGAGCAGGAACAGCCACCACCAUAUGAAUUAUCUGUGCAACAGCUACAGCAGCAGCAAAGAUGGGACCAAGACUCAAUCCUCAAAGCAAAGUCACAUUUGCAUCCAUCCACACUCGAAAAUAGUUACCAAUGGAAUACAGACUACCAAGAGACCUCAGACAGAGCAAUGCCUGUCAGAACAUGUCAGACAGGCAGUGAGUAAAAUCUUGUAUCUGUGAAGCAGGGAAAAUUAAAAAUCUGUGCCAGUGAUGCCUAAAAGCACACCACUUGGGAAGAAACUGACCAGGAAAAGAUCAGGAGAACUUGUGUGUUUGAAUGGAGUGAGAGGGGAUUUGUACAAAGAGGUAUGUCAAAGCUCAGUAUUUCAAAGCAGAAUCAAUCUUCAUAGAGAUAAAAAUUAUCAGCCUGGAAAAGAGAAGGCUUCAAGGAUACCCUGUAGUGUCCAGAAAAGGGCCUACAAGAAGGAUGAGGAGGGACUAUUUACAAGGCCUUGUAAUGACAGGACAAGAACUAAUGGGUUUAAACUGGAAGAAGGGGGACUUAAACUAGAUGUUAAGAAGAAGUCCUUUACAGUGAGGGUGGUGAAACACUGGAACAGGUUGCCCAUGGAAGCUGUGGAUGGUGCCUCCCUGGAGGUGUUCAAGCUCAGGUUGGAUGAGGCCUUGAGUGACCUGUUCUAGUGAGAAGUGUCCCUGCCUAUGGUGGAGAGGGGGGUUGGAACUCGAUGAUCUUUGACAUCCCUUCCAACCUAAACCAUUCUAUGAUUCUGUGAUUCUAUGAUCAGGCUAUAUCUUACAUAAGUCAAUACCACUGGCAGCAGGAGUUUCUUUUAUUACAAGACAAAUGAAGCAUCAUGCUGUUAUCAGUCUUACAUGCCUUGUUUCUCAUAAAUAGUUUGGCUGAAGGUCCUUUUCCGUGGUUUUGUAACAUCAGCUGAUUCAGGAAACUGAGCCUCUGUAUGGAAACUGUAAAUUAUUUGCUGUAAGUCAUUAUUUUUGUUCUGUAUGCUUUUCAAGCUACCUGUUUUAUUUUCAUGUACUAA